CAUCAACAGAUCCAGCUACUGCCUGCACAAUCGACAGAGAUUGCUUGUAAGCAAACGCAGGAUGGUCACAAUAGAACAAGCCAAGGAGAUCAUCUACACACUCUCAGAGAACUUCUCCAGCCUCUCACCUGACAGGCAGUGGAGCAGGGAGCCUCAAGAAGCGAGUAAUUACAAGCUAUUGGAGAGGAGUAGUGUACAAGGACUUAUUGAAGAAGCUGGUAAACUUUUUAAAGAUGAGGAAACACUCCUCAGACUCUCAGCUCCAAUAGUGGUUAUAGGUGACAUUCAUGGACAGUUCUGUGAUCUUGUUGACAUAUUCUCUUACACUAAUUCAGAGCAUUUGAUCAGAAGAGAAGGAGCAGCCACUACUAGUCAAGACAUACCAACUGAUCCUUCGCAUAAAGAAGAAGAAGGAUCAUGUCCUCCUUCACAAGUGUCUUGUCCACCAUUGCCAACACUAAUCAAUGGCUACUACAGCUUUGAUCCAAAGCCUCUGCAAGGCCACAACUCGAUAAAGAAGCCACAUUCUCCCUCUUACCUGUUCCUCGGUGAUUACGUUGAUCGAGGUUGUUACUCUUCUGAAUGUAUAUUGUUUCUCCUGGCACUCAAAGUGGCCUAUCCCUCUCGGUUUUUCAUGUUACGGGGGAAUCACGAGAGUCGCUGUAUGACUCAGUUCUCGUAUGCUGAGGGUAUCAAUUUCGCCGAAGAGUGUCAGAGUAAAUACGGGGAGGAGACUUAUGAAAGUUUCAUGAGGUGCUUCGAUAGUCUACCACUGGCAGCCAUUGUGGAGAAUAAGUUUGGCAAAUGGCUCUGCUGUCAUGGAGGAAUAGGGUCUAAAAUAAAGAGCCUUGGUUCCAUAGAGUCUUUGGAAAGGUUUAAAGAGCCUCCACUUAGCGGCCCAUUCUGUGACCUGAUCUGGUCUGAUCCAUUACUGGAAGAAGUUCUUGGAAGAAGGAUGUCUGACAAAGACUACCAGGAGUUUCUUGAAAUCGAUUACCUUCCGAAUCCACCCAGAGGCUGUUCCUGUUUCUAUGGUUACCUGGCGAUCACCCCUUUCCUUAAUAAUAACGACCUCCUGGGGAUCAUCAGAGCCCACCAGUGCAAAGAAGAGGGUAUUGGCUAUGCAUAUACUAACAACAGGAAGGAGUUGUUCCCGUUUCCAUUGGUUACCACAUUAUUCUCAGCCUCUAACUAUUGCGGAUCAUACACUAACAAAGGAGCCAUUCUCCUCAUAUAUACUGACGACAUUAAAGUAAUAAAGUACAGAAGCGGAGGAGAGACCUGGUGUGAGAAUGUGCCAUACUGUCCACCAGUAGACCCCACCAGUGUACCAGUAGACCCCACCAGCGUACCAGUAGACUCCACCAGUGUACCAGUAGACACCAUUAGUGACACUACCAGUGUUACAGCUACAGAUGUCGUAGCACCAAAGCCGCUGCCCUCAAUAAUAGAACCAAUUAACGAGGAGGAGGAGGAGGAGGGGGAGGAGACUCAGUCAAAGAAGGACCAAGUCUUCAGGACUCGCUCCGGAGCCAUGACUCAGGACAAACGACGGAACAGUCUUGACUUUCUACCACAGACCCCAAACAGGUCUCACUCAGUGUCACACCCACCCUCAGUACCUGUCACGAUAAAGAAGAGGACAACCUUGAGACGGAAGAGCAUGCACAUGAUAAGACAGGGCCACACCGGAGAGAAAGGUAGCGAAGAGUUUAGAGAAGCUCUGAAGAAAGAUGCCCAGCAUGAGAUGCACCCUGGCUGGAACAGUGUCAGGAAACUAGCCGGGGUUGUUGGUAAGAUGCAGGUUUUAAGAAAAAAGAAAAUUCUUGACGAGUCUUCUUCUGGUGAGGAGAGUCCACCCCCUUCCUCCGAAGGAUCCCGUUCACUCAGAAAACACUUCUCACAGACGCUGUUGGAUAAAGUUGGCAAACAAGACGAGACUCAAAUUAAGCUGAUAUUUCAGUCGAUUGACAAGAACAAUGACGGGCAGUUGAGCAUGACAGAACUACAGGACUUUGCCCUUCAAUUGGGCAUGGUACACUCAGCAACUGAUGAAGUAAGAAAAGAAAUGGAGAAACUCCUUAAUGAAAUGGACCAAGAUAAUGAUGGCCAUGUCAGCUUCGAAGAGUUCACGCAAUACUUAACUGCACUUUCACUACUGGAGGAGAACACCAUCUUAACCGAAGUGGCACCUACUACACCAGUGGACGUAGUACCUAAAGAAUCAUUUACUGAAAAAACAAAAAUAUUAAAUACUUAAAUAUCAAAAUAUUAUAAUUAUAAUCAUGUAUAGCAAUUAAAGUAUCAAUAGUACACAGUAUUAUUAUUAUUAUUAUUUAUUUUUAUUUCUGAAAUCAUGUGAGCUCAGUUUUGUCAUUUUAAAAUGAAAUUCUCGUCAUUUUUGAUUCGGA